CUUGUGGCUCGUGGGGUUGUUAAUGGGAGGGAGAGGGUUUGAAGACUUACAGACAUUCCUGCUGUGGAUAUAAACGCCACUCAUUGUUUUACGUCAGUGGUCAAUGAAUUAAAUUAAAAUUACAAUGUGUAAUGCUUCAUUGCCUGGCUUACCUAUCAAUUCCGCCCAUAACCCUACCCCUCUCACUCAACCCCCGACGCCUUUAGGACCUCUAGAAAAUGUCUGACAUGCAGAACCGUAAAUUAGCAGGUUCGUUGGAUGGAAUGUAAAGUAUGAGUUAGUGGAGAGCUAGACUCCCCAAAUCCCAUGUUAUUAUAAAUACGAAUUAUCCUCGCACCGUUUUUUGACCGGCCUACAAUUAUCGCUUAUCAAGGAGUGGCCUGCAUUUUGCAACGUCUAUUGCAUAGCUCAGGCAUUAUUGUUGUGGAACACGGCCCCAACAUUAUGAGCAUUGUGAAGUAAAGAGUUAAUAAACUAGUAAUUCUGGUACAGUUUGUAUUUAUGAAAGGAUCGGUUCCAGAGUUUAACAAGUAGAUCUCCAGAGACGUUUGUAGCAUGGGAAAGAAAAUUUAAUUCAGGGAUUAUACUACGCAGGCGUAGUCACAACAAUCUUCAUUUUCAACAACUUUAGGGCAAAUCUUUUUCUUCGUGACGAAAAGUUUUAGUCAAGCAAAUACAUAUAGGGAUUGUUUGGAGAUACGGUAAAUAGUAAUGGUACCACUUGAAAGGACCUCACAUUUCAAACGCAAACAAAACUCAUAACUACGUAAUGAUAUAUAUAGCCAUGAUAGUUGUCGCCCGCCAUUUUGUUUUCGUGUCACGGUCGUUACUACUGACUGUAUCUUCUCAACUGUGACCGAAAUUAUUAUCACAACAAAAAGUUUGCGUGAGAGAAAGUGUUCAUUGUUGUGUGCACAGCCGUGUAGUUACAAACCAUUUGAACUUCUGUCAGCAGACGAAGGCACAUAAGAAAGAAAUGUCCUGUGUGUCAGUUGUAGUAUAUAUUUAUUCCGUGACUUUUACUAGUUGACCUGCUUUCCUGUUUUUUUCUUUACCAAAUGGUAGUUGUCGUCUUGACAACUUGAAUUUAUAUUGCUCUCGUUGAGCGCCUUAGGCAGAAGAGUGUUUUAAUACAAAAGUUCCAGCCCUGUAUGUGAAAACUCCAUUACACCAGAAGACCCGUAGACAUGUCGAGUGGUAGUCGUUAACUUCUACUGCUUGUGGACACUGUACCAAUACCAGACAAGACGCUGACAUAGCCGCACUGAUUUCUGCUCCAUUAUGUUGGGGGCCAUUUUGGGAGGCUCGUUCUCCUUUAAGAGGUUAACGGGAAGUAAAAACGAUGACUGGGUGGACAGACUGAACCAUUUAUGGACCGUGCUACUGCUGGUCCUUUUCGCCAUUUUCGUGACGACAAGCCAGUUUGCUGGCGAGCCGAUCCACUGCUGGGUGCCGGCGGAGUUCUCAGGAGACUGGGCUGCCUAUACCAAAUCCGUCUGCUGGAUUAGCAAUACGUACUAUAUACCGCUGAAAGACACUAUCCCUGUGGAUAUAAACGAGCGACGUGACGCGGAGAUCAAUUACUACCAGUGGAUCCCACUGAUCCUGCUCUUCAUGGCCCUCAUGUUUAAGUUCCCAAACCUCAUGUGGCGCAUGGGCAAUGACGGCUCGGGUAUCAACCUUGACAAACUGAUCACUAUGUCCGAAGGCACACAGCUGGGAUCUCCAGAAGAUCGGGACUCGACCAUCAAAUACAUAGCGUUGUACAUGGACCGCUGGCUAGAAACGCACAGAGAAAUUCGUUGGAAUAGGCUAGUGCGACUACGCCAAAAGAUGUCCAGGUACCUGUUUUUCGUCUGCGCCAAGAAAGACGGCACCUACCUGACUGGCUACUAUAUGUUUAUCAAGGUUCUGUACGUGAUCAAUGCCAUCGGUCAGAUGUUCCUCCUAAACGCUUUCUUAGCGAUGGAGUACAAUCUGUAUGGGUUCGAGGUGAUUUCCCAGCUGAACCACAAAGGAAACCUGGAAGGAUCUCCACGUUUCCCAAGAGUUACUCUUUGUGAUUUCGAGAUUCGCCAGCUGCAGAAUCUCCAGCGGUUUACGGUGCAAUGUGUUCUUCCAAUCAAUCUGUUUAACGAGAAAAUCUUCAUAUUUAUCUGGUUUUGGAUUGUGUUCGUGUCCGUGGUCACCUGCGCCAACUUCAUCUUCUGGAUCUACCGAAUCAUCUUCAGGCAGAAUCGUGCUCGAUACGUGAAAAAAUACCUGCGCCUUCUAGACGAAAUCGCCGCUGGUGCCUCGGACAAACCUCUGUGUAAGAAAUUCGCCGACCAGUACCUCCGGGAUGAUGGUAUCUUCGUGCUGCGGGUCGUCGCCAAGAAUUCCACGAAUUUGGUUGUCGCCGAUUUGAUUCUGAAACUGUGGAGAAUUUUUAAGGAUAAGCCAUACAACAGGAAAUCGAUCGCCGACACACUCUCUGAUCACGAAAACGCCAACGAGAAAGAUUCAUUGGCGUAAAGAAACAAGGCAUUUUAGCACGUAAUUUAGACAUCAAGCCUUCUAUAAAAGCCUUUGAAAUGUCAGUAAAUUCUGGGGUAUAUGUGUAAAAGAACCACACACGACACGAGUUCAGAAUUUUUGUCAAAAAAAAGAAAAGAAAAACCAGACGAAAUUAAAUUUUAGUUAACUAAAGUGCAGGAAUUAUACAAGGGCAUGACAGCAGUGCUAUAUUAUGUCCUAUGCCGUUCUCAUCACAUACCGUGAGCGGUCUUUGAGCUUAGCUGUUUAAGAAAAAAAAGACGUGUAACAUCAUCUGCCAUGGUAAUCAUGCAAAAGCUUGCUGAAUACUAUGUAAGCAAAAUGUUUAUACUAUUUUGGAAAGGGUUUCUUGUUGCUUAAUCUGAGGGGGAGCGCGGGCGAAUUCUUUACCCAAGAGGUUAUUGUCAGGCUAGGAACUGUGCUGAUGUCAUUCAAUCGGUGCUUCGACGAAAGCAAUAAUUCUUGUUGCAAUAGUAGUUUCGCACGGCGCGAAAUUCAAAAAAAAAAAGCAAUAUGGUCAUAAGUUAUAUGAGAACAGAACAUUGCGUAUUGUAUAUCGCGAUAAGGAAAUAUUUCGAAAUUUAUAUUUUUAAUAUAGGAGCUAUAGGUUAAUUCGGCAAAAAUAGUUUCAUUGUGUUUCUGUUGCAUAAAUAAUGUAGGAUGGGACCACAGUUUUUGUAUUUUGAGUAUUUAUUGCCCUAGUUUCUACACCACAGGAGAUGGGUGGCUAUUCCCUGGAAUAACAUUCCAACGAACACGUAUGCUGUUACGUUUUUAUACAUGGUGAUGAAGAGCAUGAUGGAGAACAUGAAAUAGGGCUUUGUGCCAGUAAUAACUUGUGUUUUGAACCUGUUACUAUCUGUUUUUUUUGGGAUGAGCCAGCAAACACCACAUCGAAUCCAGUGAUGUUAGUAACGAAAGUCAUCACAGUUAUUACCAAAAACAUAGUUUUACGCAGUUGCCAUCGAAAGUAUGAAAGAGCAAAGCGACCAAAUGGUACAACAGUUUCCGCGUCAUCCACAUUUGUAUUAAAUGUACAACAUGUUAUCCACAUUUGUAUUAAAUGUACAACACGACUUUUGUGGCAUUUUGCACUUUUUGUCAGCUCCUGCAUUUUUUUUCUCCGCGGCAUUGUGUGUAUUGAUUAAAGGACAAAUCUUAUGGUUCCCCUUGUUAAGGCACUAACAUUUCAUCUUAACAGCCGGAAUCCCGUCUCAUGCACUGCCAUUAGGUAGAGAUCGACCCAGGAUUGGCUUCCGACUGUAUUUUUUUUUAAAUUGUCACCUAUUAAUGAUAUAUACAUCCCAUAAAUAAUGUUCUGUCUUCAGUCGACAGCAACAACAACAACGACGUCUUCCAUGUAUACACCUUAUCUAGACGAUAUUUUAGCGCAUUGUGAUAGGUUGCUAUACAUAACCUUUAUAACAUGUGAAUUAUGAUAUUGUAAACAAAUCUUUCCAGAAUAAUGAUAUUUGCCAGUUACUUAAUUAAUCCGCUUUUUGUAUAUCAGCUUUUUAAUGAAAUUCGGGUUUAAUAUUCUAUCUUUACAUAUGCUGUGGAAAAUCUCUGUGCAAAGAUUAUUUUGUACUUAAGUGAAAACAUUGCGAUGUUAACUUUGAAUUCUUUGGAUGGAUAGAAGGGAGUUGUCUCUCUUUCUGGAUAUCCUAAUAUAGGUGGCGCUGUUUCGUCUUUAGAACGUCAUGUAACAUGACAUACAAAUAUUCCACCGAUUCUACUUACUACCCACCAUGUAUAUCUAUUGAGUGGGUAUCACCUGAAGCCCUCAAGUUUACUCAGAUUACCGGUCUUAUGUUCAUGAUAUGUUACAACUAUGUUUCAAUCAACUGAAUUUUAAAUUUUAGACAGGCAUUCCUUGGCGGAUGAACUGGAAGUAUACAUUUCUUUGUCCGGAGUGGAUGAACGAAUGUCAUGAAAUGCACUUCUACUUUAUGCAAAUCACAUACCAAAUAUUCACGGGAAGUCAUUUAUCGCCAUUUAUCGGGAAUUUCAUGUACAUGUACAUUACCUGCUGUUAUAUGUUGACGUUAUGAAUUCAUUGUAUGUAUAUAUGUUGUGUAAUUGUAGUGUUUGUGGUUAUUAGGACUCUAACGUUAGGAUCAAGUCAUUCAUCCGCGGCUAAUAACAGAAAGCUUCUCAGGACUAUGCGCAACAGCGUGGGCACCGUGACGAAUUCUUCACCGCGCAGCGUUGUACAGCGGAUGUCUUCGUUUCCACACUUUCAGUGAUGUCAGCUGAUUGUGUGUGAAGCUAUUAAGUGACGUCAUUUGAAUACGGGACUGUGUGAAUGCAUGUGAAUGAAGUAUUUGGAUGUGAGAGUCCGUAAGAAAGUGAAGAAAUAUUAAUAAUGAUAAUAAUGUUUUAAAUGGCAUUAUUGCAACUUUUUAUAAUCGCGCGCAUUAUUACACGUUUAUUACUAUUUUAUAAUUUCUAGAUCACUUAUUCUAUGCAAUAUUUGUACAAAGUUUCACGAAGCUUGUUCCAAAUGUGUAACGACUAUAUAUGCCUUAUCAUUCAAUGUAUUUUUUGUGGCACGUGCCAUGAUGUGAGCUGGAUAUGUAUACUCUAUGAUUGACGUAGCGGAAAGUGGGUAUUAUAUAAUGCAUAUAUACGUGUACAUGGCCUGUUACACUUUAGUACACUUCAAUACUACAGUUAACUCCAUCUUUUCAGUAAAUGAAGUGUACCCAUUUAUAUUUUCUUACACGAUGUUUUUGUUAAAUCAUUAUACAAAGUGUAUAGUUGGGCAAGUUGUUACGAAUAAAGUUAUUUUAUAGACAA